AUGCUGUUCGGAAUAACCCAAAACCAUGUCGGAUGUAGAGAUGUACCCGAAACCCAGCUGGAAAUCGAUGUGAGCGAUGGAGCAGGAUUGGAUGAGGAGGAUGACGACGAUAUGGAGCAGAUCACAGCCCAGAAGGUGCUGGAGAUCCUGGAGACGGCCUGGAUCAAUGAGAUGUGUGCUCCCGAGAUCCUGCCCAGCCAGACGGACAUGCUGGAGCUGAUGGUCUCCCAGGUGGCCCACAUGGAGGAGCAGAUGCGGGACCUGGACAAGAACGAUUUCCGGGCGGUGGUGCACUCCAUGGAGCUGGAGAGGGUGCGCUACAUAAUGGCCAGCUAUCUGCGGUGUCGCCUCCAGAAGAUCGAGACCUACACGCAGCACAUCCUCAACCAGGAGGCGAGUCGCGAACCGGACGACAAGCGUCUGUCUCCGGGAACCAAGUUCGCCCAGGAGUUCGCCGCCAGUGAUGAAUACUUCCACAAGGUGGCCACCCAGUACAUGCCCAACCAGCAGAGGGGAGAGGCCGAGCAGAGGAUCGUGACCCCCAACCUGAUGAGCCAUGUCUUCCUCAAGGCCAAUGUGGCGGUGCCCGCCGUGAUCGUGGGCGUCGAUGAUGAGGAGGUGGACAUGGGCGGGUCCCAGCACAUUAUUCCCUACCAACUAGUGGCCGACUUGAUACAGAACAACCAGGCGCAGUUAAUUUAAUAGGCUUAUUAACAGGUAAAAUACAUUAUA